GUACUUGAGAGAGAAAAAAAAAAUUAAAUAAAACACAGAAGUAUUAACUAAAACAGGAAAUUGAUGAAAGAAUACUAGUAGUGGUAUCGUACUUUUUUUUUCUCUGCAUAGACCAAACCGUUCAAUUUUUCUUCUUCGUCUUCCAGUGUAAUCAAUUAUUCGCCGGGAAUUUCAAUUUCGAAAAAGAUGCAUUCGAAUCACCUGCUGCUCGAGGAGCCAAUCCGCAUGGCCUCCAUUCUGGAGCCAUCCAAAGCGGGUUUCUUCCCCGCAAUGGCGAAGAUUGUGGGGACGUUGGGCUCGCGCUCACGAACCGUCGAUGUUAUUUCUGCUUGUCUUAAAGCUGGAAUGACUGUGGCGAGAUUUGAUUUUUCGUUGGGUGAUGCCGAGUAUCAUCAGGGAACUCUAGAAAAUUUGAAGACUGCGAUUAAGAGCACUAAGAAACUCUGUGCUGUUAUGCUAGACACAGUGGGCCCUGAGUUGCAAGUGGUUAAUAAAGCGGAAAAGGCUAUAACACUUAAGGCUGAUGAAAAUGUCAUUCUGACCCCCGAUCAAGGUCAAGAAGCUUCGAAUGAAAUUUUGCCGAUCAACUUUGCUGGACUCGCCAAGGCUGUGAAGAAGGGAGACACCAUUUUUAUUGGCCAAUACCUAUUUACAGGAAGUGAAAGCACUUCUGUGUGGCUUGAGGUAAAUGAAGUAAAAGGCAAUGAUGUGGUCUGCGCAGUCAAGAACUCUGCAACAUUGGCUGGAUCAUUAUUUACAUUACAUGCUUCUCAAAUUCGUAUUGAACUCCCAACUCUGUCUGAUAAGGAUAAACAGUUUAUCAGCUCUUGGGGUGUUCAAAACAAAAUUGAUUUUCUAUCAUUGUCUUAUACCCGCCAUGCAGAGGAUGUUCGUGAGGCCCGUGAUUUUCUAUCCAAGCUUGGUGAUCUAAGUCAGACACAAAUUUUUGCUAAGAUUGAGAAUGUAGAGGGUUUAACCCAUUUCGAUGAGAUUCUAGAGGAAGCUGAUGGAAUCAUUCUUUCGCGUGGAAAUCUUGGGAUAGAUCUUCCACCUGAGAAGGUGUUCUUGUUCCAAAAAUCUGCUGUUUAUAAGUGUAACAUGGCUGGAAAGCCAGCAGUUGUAACUCGUGUUGUUGAUAGUAUGACUGACAAUCUUAGGCCUACUCGUGCUGAGGCAACUGAUGUUGCCAAUGCUGUUUUGGAUGGGUGUGAUGCAAUUCUUCUUGGAGCUGAGACCUUACGUGGACUAUACCCAGUAGAAACAAUUUCUACUGUGGGCAGAAUUUGUGCUGAAGCUGAGAAGGUUUUCAAUCAAGACCAAUACUUCAAGAGGACUGUAAAAUUUGUUGGCGAGCCCAUGAGUCACUUGGAAUCUAUUGCAUCUUCAGCGGUUCGAGCUGCCCUUAAAGUGAAGGCAUCUGUUAUCAUAUGUUUUACCUCAUCUGGAAGGGCUGCUAGGCUGAUAGCAAAGUAUAGGCCAACAAUGCCCGUUUUAUCAGUUGUCAUUCCCAGGCUCAAGACGAAUCAGUUGAAGUGGAGUUUUAGUGGUGCAUUCGAGGCAAGGCAAUCACUUCUAGUACGAGGUCUCUUCCCCCUGCUCGCUGAUCCUCGCCAUCCUGCUGAGUCUACAAAUGCAACCAAUGAAUCAGUUCUCAAGGUAGCACUUGAUCAUGGAAAAGCCUCAGGAGUCAUCAAGUCACACGAUCGAGUUGUGAUCUGCCAGAAGGUUGGAGAUGCAUCUGUAGUAAAGAUUAUUGAACUCGAAGAUUAAAUACGUCGACAGCAUCCGAUUCUUCUUCGAUUUCCACGAACCUGUUGGUGAAUUUUUUUCAAUUGCCACACCGUAAAAUCGAUCAAAUACGUGUGUUGGGGGAGUUAUGUUAGUCGUGAUGGGAACGGAUAAAUAAGCCUUUUGAUUUCCUUGUUGCCAAUCAAGGAUGAAAAUUGCGGCAUAGAUUGAGAUGCUAUAAUGUAGUUAUAACAAGUGGGAGUGUCGAAAACUGGAGAGUAUAUUUCUCUAGAAACAACUGUGGUAUCUUAACUAUUUUUAGUGAAUGCAAUAAUUGCUGCAGAUUAGAACGAAA